AUGAUGCUAUUCAGCACAUCACUAGCUGGACCAGCACUAGAUUGGGCGCAGCAUGAGCCACUUCUACAAUCGAAAUGUGCAAAGGAGCAUCUAUGCAACUUUGAGCAGCUUUGCCACGACUAUGGACUUGGAGACAACCCCAAGAAGAUACAACUUUUCCAACUAUCUCUAGCUGGACAAGCCAAGGAAUGGGCUAAGUUCAACGCCCAACAUGCUUUCAAGACUUGGAAUGGAUACAAAGGAGCUUUCCUCUACAGAUUUGCUAAAGGUCCUAUUUAUGUCCCACCACCACGCCCAAGCUAUUCACAACACCAUCCAUCAUCACCAGACAUAAACAAGACACCACUUUCCCAAGGGAGAGCUAUCAAGCUGCGCGCCAAACCAAGAUUGAAGAUAUGCUUCAAGAUCCUAUUCAAGCAAGUGAUCAAGCUUGAUGAAGACAUUAAGAAGUUAAGAGAGGAUCAUGAUCGAUCUUUGAACCUAGUUAAGCUUGAUGUUGCUUCCAAAUAUCAAGAGUUGCUGAACAAGAGCAUGAGAAUUGAAGAUACUAGCUAUGGCAAUAGCAAACAUCUUGGAUCAAUCUACAACCGCCUACAAGCCCUUGAAGGAUCAUCUCAUGCCAAUUACAAGAGAGAGAGGAGUCCAACACCCAACCACCCUCCCUUUUAUUGCAAUGCCAUCACAAGAAGAAGCACUACUCAAGUCCAUGAGGACAAUGAAGAAGAAGAAAGAGAGUAUGAGGAACAAUUGAAUGAUGAAGAUGAAGAGCAGAGCAUCGACAUCAAUGCUUCCCCAAAACAGAGCAUGGAUACACCUAGCCCUAAGACCCUCGUUUCUCACCAACACCAAGAAGUCAAGCUUCUACACUUCCAAGACUUGGAAGCAAUGCAAAGACCAUCACCAUCUACUGAAGAAGAAGAUACUUGGCAAUAUGAUCCCAUUGAUCCCAACAAGAUAAGCCCCAUGAAGCUUAAAGAGUUCAAUGCUAAGGUGAAAUCACUUCCAUUCUAUGUCACUUUUGAAGAAGCUUGGGAUAAACAUGGUCUAGUGGAGUUCUUUUUCACAACUAGUGAAAACAAAGAAGAGAUACACCAACUUUUCAGGAAGGCACGAUUUCCCAUUGCCCCUCAUGCAGUCAAUCAACCACCAUCACCACCAUCAUCACCACCACCCAAGUGGUAUGUCAAUUCCAUAUCAAGAGAGAAGCUUGCUGAGUUCAAUCAGUUUGUCCAAACUCUUCCAGCCAGCAUGUCUUCCAACAAGCUUGGCGCCACUACCCAUUCACCACCUUCUUCCACAACUGCAAGAGACACCUGA